AUGGCCUCUCCCGGGAGUGAUUUCCAAAGCGGCCUGCCGAAAGCGCGCCGCUUCAUCACAACUCACGACGACAAUGGAAAGGCUGUCUACUCUGAAACCCUCCCCGAGACCGUCCCAUUCUGGCCUGUCGGGCCUCGAGACGAGCCCGCGGCCUUUGGACUCGUCUACGCCACCACCUCGACGCCGAUCCCGCUGAUGAGGGACGAGGACCUCUCGACGUUCCAGCACAUCGACGAGCAGCGCACCCGGGGCGGUCUCGUCCACCGUGGAGGGUCGGCGAUCCGCUACGUCGACUACCCGCCCAAGGCGUCCUCGCCCAUGCACCGCACCGUCAGCUGUGACUACGCCGUCGUGCUCUUCGGCCAGGUCAGCUGCCGGCUGGACUCAGGCGAGACGCGCACGCUCAACGCGGGCGACGUCCUCGUCCAGAGAGGCACCAUGCACCAGUGGGUCAACCUCAGCGACACGUGGUCCCGGAUGCUCUACGUCCUGCUCGACUCCACGCCCGUCGAGUCGGGUGGCGUGGUCCUGGAAGAGGACCUCGGCGGCAUGCAAGGGGUGCCCGGGUCUCACUGA